GUUGCUGUCGUCGGGACCGUCUCUUUUCAUGUAUCAGUUCCCACUUUCUGCAUUUGCACUAUGCCUGUCUUCAAAAGCUCACUUCCUAUCAGCCUAGCACUCGAGCUCGAAAUGCAGCAAGAGGUGAAAGUCGGUCCCUACAACUCCACCGGGCCACGGUUCGGAUCGUUGGUCAGACGAACAUGUUAGUUUGACCCCCAGUGGAGUUGGAAUGACCGAAUCUCACCUCUUGCUGUAUUUCGGGCACGAGUGGCAAUCAGCGAAAGCAGAAAGUGGGGAUUAAAUGAAGAGAGAAAGACAGCAACCUUCCUUAAACAGUUGUUCGAUUCCAUCACAGGGAACAUCUAGACCUUCGUUGUCAAACGCGUGGAGGUCGAUGUGCAAUUUGAACUCUUUCUGUACGAAGGAACCGUUGCUUGGCAUGGAGCCACCUGCUGAGACGUCAUCUGAGAAUCGUGCGAAAGGCACUAACGAAGGGCACGAGAUUAAAUAUGACUUGUGUGCGCCGGCCUCAGCGCCUCAGUUUUCUUCUGGGUAUCCGCCGUGCCCUUUGCUAGGUCAAGUCCUCGUCUGUUUAUUUUCUUUCUCUUUACACGCGUCCGCUGUACGCUUCGGCCUCCGUGCCUUCUCUUCUGCGUCCGCGUUUUGGUUAGGGUGGUUGGUUGGCGUUGAAUAUUCGGUCUUGCAUUGGAUAAGGCAGUUAGCCUUGGUUACCCUUUGCGAGUUGGAUCCCGGAUGUUUACGGUGUCUUUCUCUUUUCGGCUCAUGCCUUGUUUUUGUAACUUCACUUCUUCUCUUUUGUUGGCGCUUCUCUGCUGCUACUCUCACUUGUCUUCAUCGUUACCCUCCACCUGCCCCAUCGCCUCCUUUUUUGGGGGGGGGUUGUAUCUACCGGCUCGCUUCAAAUCAAGAGGCUUCGACUUCCUGUCGGGGCCGUCGCCACGCUAUCCGUUACGCCUUCGCCCACGCACAAGACGUUCACUUUUUUGCCCUUCUUGACGGGGGAGGCCACGGCUUUCUAAAAACAUGCCCUUCAGGGGAUAGCAUAAUGCCGUGGAAAAAUGGAAUAGUGGGGCGCCAAUCACAGGGUCCGUAAGCAUAGCAAAUUCAAGCUUCGCAGCUCCACACACGGCGUACACCAAGGAGGCGAGGGACGGAAGCGAGGCGGACGGAAGCGAGCGUGAUAUGAACCGAAAGGAAGAUUUGAAGUUACAAUAGGAGGCGGG